AGAGAGAUUUAAACUCCUCCUGAGAAAAAAAUGAAGUCAUCACAGCCCAUGUUUCAGUUGAUACAUGGGUUUAGUGGAGUUAAGAUUCAAAGAGGAGCCGCAGACAGAGGUGGACGUGUUAUAAAGGAGGUCUUAUAUUUUCUGUCGUUUUAUGGAUUUUUGUUGCCGUCAGUAACACCAACUUUUUUUUUUCUUUUUUAACUUUUGAAAACACAGCAAUUGCCCGUUGACCAUGAGCGGGGGAGGGGCCGUACUGAUUUUGGCUUUGUCCCUCUGCGCCCUAACAAACCUGUCAACCUUGUCGACAGAACAUUGUCUCCUGGGAGAAGAACGAGGGGUUGAUGGAUGCAUUGUACCUGCAUUAAUACAAAAGGAUCCUUCUACUGUCAGUGUAUGGACGGUUACUUAACCGCAUCGAAAAGCUCAAAUUAUUCAGCGGCUUCAUCUGAAUCAUGCAUGGACACCAAUGAAUGUUGGGAAAAUAAAGAAAUUUGUGGACCUAACGCAAGCUGCAAAAACACACAACCACAUUACAGUUGCAUCUGUAACAAUGGGUUCAACUCUACCACAGGAAAGAUAAAGAGGAAUGCCAGUGUUACGUGCAUAGACAUCGAUGAAUGCAAAACAGAGAAACGCUGUGGUGAGAGUGCUGGCUGCCUUAACACAGAGGGUAGUUAUCGCUGUAUCUGCUCACCUGGCUUUGAACUGAAAUCUGGAGACUCUAACAUCCGUGGGACUGUGGUGCAGUGUGAAGCCUUAAACUGUGACGAUUUCAAAGACGAUGGAUACCUUACAGAGAAAUGUCCCACUCUGCAUGGAUUUUUGGAGCAGCUGAAGACUGACUGUAAAGAGCUUACAGAGACUAAGAAUCCAAAGCCACUCCAGGGAGAAGUCCAAUUAAAGAGACUGCUGUCUAUGAUGGACAUGCUCUUGUCCAGUCAAGCUUUAAAUGAUACAAGGUUAGUCUCCUCCCUUCUGGACAUGACGGAGAGCGCCAUGAGGCUUAUUGGACCAUUCAUACAGACUCCUGGGAAAAAUACAUCCUCCAAUCACACAGACCUUAAGCUGCUGGUUUAUAAGGGAACUGACUUACCUCGAGGGACUGUGGCUGUGUCAUUACAGGGAGCUCAUUUGAACAUUCAGUUGGAGACAGCUGCAGGGGAUCCCUCUUAUUACCCUGGCUUUACAACACUGUCCUUGCUGAAGUAUGCAAACAUGGAGAAAUACACAGAUACAUUCUUUGGUAAGAUGGAACCACCAAAAGGGCACAAAUUUAAGAUCAACUCUAAAGUGGUGACUGUCACUGUCAGCAAUGCAAACACAAGUCAUCUCAAAGAACCCAUUACGCUCACUCUGCACCACCUGACACAGCAUAAUGGAUCCAGCUACUGUGUGUACUGGGACUCUUCAGAAAAUGGUGGUGCCUGGUCUACACAUGGCUGCCGUGCAGUGACAACCUUCCCUGAAUCCACAGUGUGUUCCUGCAACCACAUGAGCAGCUUUGCUGUGUUAAUGGCUCUUCGUGAAGUGGAGGACAAGUUUGAAUUGCAGCUAAUCACCUGGAUCGGUCUGUCCCUGUCACAAGUUUGCUUAUUCCUCUGCAUUCUAACAUUCUCCUUGAUUCGCUCCAUCAAAAGCCCAAGAACCACCAUCCAUCUGCACCUUUGCAUCAGCCUCUUUUCUGCUGGUUUGAUCUUCCUCAUAGGCAUCUCUCGCAUAGAGAACAAGGUUGGCUGUGCUGUGGUCGCAGGGCUUCUGCAUUUCUUUUACCUGGCAGCAUUUUGCUGGAUGUGUCUGGAGGGCAUCCAACUGUUCCGGAUGGUAGUUCUGGUUUUUAACACCAACUUUAAAACCCUUUACAUGAUGGCAGGAGGCUACGGAGUUCCUGCUGUAAUUGUCACUGUAUCCGCACUGGUGAAUGCUCAAGGUUAUGGCACUGAGAGAUAUUGCUGGUUGAACUUGGAUUUAAUUUGGAGUUUCUUUGGUCCGGUCUGUUUGAUUAUUGUUGUCAAUAUCUUCUUCUUCCUAAUCACAGUCUGGAAAUUAGCACAGAAGUUUUCAAGUUUGAACCCUGACCUGGACAGUUUGCAGAAGAUAAAGGCAUUCACUAUUACUGCAGUGGCUCAGCUGUGUGUCUUGGGCAUCAUGUGGAUAUUCGGAUGUUUCCAGUUUGAGGAAGGCACCAAACCAAUGUCUUACCUUUUCACCAUUUUUGGCAGUUUUCAGGGAUUUAUGCUCUUUGUCAUGCAUUGUUUGCUUUCCAAACAGGUCAGGGAUGAAUAUGGCAAAGUUUUCUCCAGGCUGUGUGUACCUCAGAAGAAGAGUUACACAGAAUUCAGCUACUCAAGCAAAGCAAAUCCAUCUAAAAGCACCCAGGACACUGGACAGACUCAAAUCCCAGGAGCUAAUCACUGAAAUUGGAAUUAAUUAUAUUUUCCGCUUUCUUAUUUGUCACCAGUCCACAAAUUUGCUUUACUGUCAAUUGUUACUGUAAAUCACAUUUUGGGGAUUUCUUUAACAUAAGCUAUGCUUUGAAUGUUGGAGCUCUAUACAUAAUUAAUUGUUGUUAUUGCAAUACCAGGGGAAUUUAAUCAUAUUUACCUCAAUAAAUUAUCUUUGUAUGUCUAUAUUUUAAAAAUAGCUAAAAGUGCAGGUAGACAUCAGUGUCAGUCAUCCCCAAAAAGAAGUUUGAUUUAUUAAGAGAGUGGCAUGUUAAAAUUUGAAUGUCUAGCUUAUAUAUUUUUAUGCAAAAACAUGACUAUUACAGUGAGACAUAAUAUUUCAUAAACAGGUUACGGUUUUAGUGAUGAUUUUAUAAUAGGUUAAAACUUUUGUAUGACAUACUGUACAUAAUCUGAUAGCAUUUGUUUGUGAAACAUUUGAGAUUGUUUAAUGUUGUUUACCUAGGAAGUAUUCUUUUCAAAGGUAUCUUGAAGCUUAUCUGUCGUUACUGUGACUUUUUGUGUGUGUGAUUUAAUUGUUUAUAAAGAUUUAAAGCUAAAAUAUAUACAUAUAAUUGACUUUGACAAAUUCAUCUCCUCUUCUAAAAUAUUGUCAAAAUGAUGAAUGAUGUGGUAUUUAAGUAUUUUAAAUAUAUCUAGUAGCCACCAUCUUUUUUCUAGCACUUCUGUUUUACAUUGUCUUUGCCAAUGUUUUGGCACAAAAUCAGAUCACCAAUGGUUUCAAAGAAUUAACAAUGGUCAUGAACUGAUAUACAGCCUUUUGACUAUAGACAACAGUGUUUAGUGAAUCUGACAAAUCAGGCAGACUGAUUUGUCAGAUACAUUCUUCCACACUCAAAUAUAUAUACAUACAAAUAAUUUGAAUAGUAAGUGUGAUAUACAUUUUCUAGUCUAUUAGUGCACAUGUACUCGUAUCAUCUCAGUCAUACUACAUAGACUAUUUACCUGCUUUGCAAAAUCCUAGGUAAUAAUGGCAUUGAUUUGGCAGACAUCAAGUCCUCAAACAGUUGAAACAAACUGACUAUUCUUCUUCAAACACCAAUUCCUCUUUUAGUAAACUACUUGGAAGUAUAGUUAUGCAAGUGGUAAAAAUCUGCGUUUUUUACUAUAUCAGUAGAAUGCUGUAAAUAUUAAAGCCACAGUUGCCUGUUUGGUGUAAUAUAAACAUUGACUUUUCAUU